AAAGGGAAAAAGGCAAAAGAAUCAGACAGGCAGCAGUCCAAAGGUCACGCCUCCGCCCCCCCACCCCCAACCAAAUCUUCACCUGCUCUGCAGAUCGCCGGCGAUCUACUCGCUAGCCGCCUCCGAUAACCGCUGGCGCCAGGCAGCACCCGCCUGCUCCUCUUACGGGAGCCCAGGGAACAGCACAGCGCCGUGGAAAUCUGUAGCAGCGGCGGUGGGACGAAGCGAGAGAAGAGGGGAUGACUAGCCUGUCGAUCACGGUGAUGACGCUGAACCUGCACGAAGGGGAGCAGCCGAGCGAGAGCCCCAACACCUGGGAGAAGCGACGGGACAUCUGCGUCAGCGUCAUCACCAGCUACUCCCCCACCAUCCUCUGCACACAGCAAGGCUUGAGAUGGCAGUUGGACUACCUACAACAGUGCUUGCCUGGUUAUGAACAGUUUGGCAUCUCAAGAAAAGGCUCACAGGACACCGCUGAUGAAUACUGCACAAUAUUUUAUGAAAAAGAGAAGGUGGAGCUUACUGAAGGUGGCACAUUUUGGUUAUCAGAAUCACCAUCAGUGCCAGGAAGCAUUUCAUGGGGAGCAACUGCACCCUGCAUUGCAACAUGGGCAACAUUUCAACUCAAAAGAGUAGAACCACCUGGAUUCAGCUUCCAGAUCGUAAAUACAAAUCUUGAUGAAGUUAGCCCUCGUGCUCGACGAAGAAGUGCGUUGCUUACAUGGCAACAUAUAGCAUCCUUGCCUCCCAAUUUGCCUGUUAUCUAUUGUGGAGGCUUCAACACGCAGAAGGAAUCUAUGACCGGGCGGUUUUUGCUUGGCAGAUCCAGAGAACAUGGUGUUGUGGGUGAUAUGCGAGAUGCUUGGCCAAAUGCUCGGGUGCGAAAAAAUGUUUCAUUAAUACACACAUAUCAUGGAUUUAAAGGGGAGAAACAAGGCGCGGUAGAAUUUCUCAAAUUAAUAUUUAGAGCUCUUUGCUUGUGCUGGGAUCGACAGACACAGGACUUGCAUAUUGACUGGAUCCUAUUUAGAGGGCGCCCACUCGUACCAGCACUUUGUGAGGUCAUAAAUGAUAACAUAGACGGUGUUUAUCCAUCCUCACACUUUCCCAUUUUUGCUGAGUUUUUGCUUCCACGCUCAGUUCGUUUAGCUGAGACAGCUUCAUAGUUGUUGGUAUGUUCUUGUUAUGAGAUUUUGUUUGUUGUUCUUAUUUCCCAUCCUUAUUUCCAUUAUGCAACAACAGCCCUUGAGCCCAUCUCCGGGUUUCUUUUGUCAUGCCAUUCAACAAAACAAGACCAUUAACAUGUGCAGCCCUUGUCAUGAGGCUUGUUCCAGGCAAUGGAGUUAUUCUGUUACCUCUGCUUGCUAUCUUUUUUUGGUUCACAUAUUCUUUAUACCGUUCUUGAGAUUUUCAUGUAUAUAACUGUAUCUUUACAUGUUCUCUAUGACAAUGGUGAGAUCUUGAAGUAAAUUCACUGAUGUAAUGAAAAAAAAUCAAGGUUUUCA